AUGGUAUAUGGUGUACCACUUAUCAUCUUUGUUGACGACGUUAGUGGAAAUAUAUCCAAACAAUGGAACAAACACCAUGCUGUCUAUAUGUUAAAUGGCUUGCUUCCAAGGCAGAUGAUAGAGAAGGAUUUCUGUACAAGAUUUGUCAUCUCUUCACCUCAUGCAACGCCUAUGGAGCUUGUAAAAGCACUAAAGGAGAGUAUUAUGAAAGCAGCUGAACAUGGAGUUGAGGCAUAUGACUGCAAAUUUGAGGAGGAGUGUCUCCUUAUACCCCAUGCACAUUUUUGGGCUGGUGAUAAUCCAAUGCAGGCAGAGGAAUGUAGUCAUGCUGGACUUCAUUGCAAUUUUUUCUGCCAGGAAUGUAAAGUUGGGGGGACUCAAGAAGAGAAGCAGACAGAUAAUGGAUUUAUGGAGUUGUUCAAGUCUGGUGAACUUCGUACACCAGAAGAUACAGCUUCCAAGAUAUAUGAACAACUGCAACUUUCAACAUUAUCAGGUGCUACUGAGAAGCUGAAAAAACAUAAAGCAGCCAGCGGAAUCAAUGAUUCAAUCUGUGCAAACUUUCUUCAAGCAAUUGUUGAUCUUGGUAAAUCCUUGUAUAGUGGAAAACAUCCGGACAGUGCUGGAAAAGCCAAGGAAGAGAUUCAUGCUCAACUAGAAGUAGAAGUCAACCGUGUUGUAGAGGAACAUGGUAUAAAUCCAUUGAUUGGCAUGCCAGGUGUCAAUAUGCAUCAGGAAACUCCCACAGAAAUACUGCACACUGUAUUAUUGGGUGUUGUAAAGUACUUUUGGGGCCAGACUGCAUAUAUACUGGAGAAGACCAAAGACUUUUCAAUUUUCCAAACAUGCCUUUCAUCUAUUGAUACUUCAGGGCUAAAUAUACCAAAAAUCUCUGCAGAAUAUAUCUGCGCUUACAAGGGGAGUCUCAUUGGAAAGCAUUUCAAGAGCUUGGCACAGCUGAUGCCUUUUCUGAUUUAUGACCUUGUUCCACAAAAAGUACUCAAUGCAUGGACCAUCAUUGGAGAACUGGUGGUGCUAAUCUGGCAUACUCAAAUUGACAAUAUGGAAGGAUAUUUAAGCAACUUAUUGCAUACUAUUGAAGCGUUGUUAAAUGUGACUGCAGACAAUCGACAAGCUCCAAGCUGCGAUUCAUGUAUAGCAUUUGCAGCCCAAGAUACCACAAAGCAUAUUGUCACUGGAGGAUAUUGGCAUGAUCCAGCUUCUAAAAGCUGGGUUCAUGCUGGCCAGGAAGUACUCUCUUUUAUGGAGAACAACACACUCUAUCAUAGACUUCUUGCAAUACCCAGUAUCUCAGAAAAUGACAUUCGCCCCAGUGUAAUAAGGCUUUCAUCCACCAAUCAGUCAGAUCGAGGAUUAAACUGGUUGUCUACAGAGGCAUCUAAGGCAUCCAAUAGUGUUUCUGUAACUGCACAAAAUGGAGACCAAGUUCAGUGCAGCACAUUUGCUGUAUUUCAGUAUAAGGAAAAGCUUCAGAUUGGGCGAGUCAAGGAGAUUCUUUCUGUGUCUGGAGAAUUAUCAGAAACAGGCAUAGUCACUUUGGAGAUUUUUAACUUCCUUCUGGAACCACACCAGCUCCUAAGAAUGCCAAUCCUUAAACUGGAUGAUACUCAGAACUCAUUGCAGAUUGUACUGUGUGGUAAAUAUACAACAUGA